AAUAUGAAUAUUAAAAUCAAGUGCUACGAUUGUGUUCAAUAGCAACAAUUGAGGAAAAUCAAAAAAUAAUAAAUAGCGUAAAAAUAAGUUACCUAUCAAAGUGUGCAACGUACAUAUUUGUGAAAUAACAAUAACGUAUAUAAAUAUAUAAGUAUAGACACUUUUUUGAUACACUACUUGAGGAAAUUUUACAAAGACUUUUAGUAAGCUUACAAAUCAAGUGGAAAACCGAAUUUUUUUACUAAUCUAUAAUGCAUAAUAUAUACAACAUUUUCCUACGCAAUGAUUUACAAGUGGAGUUAUUUUUUAAACACUGAACUUGGAAGUUGACAAAAGCUAAUAAUCUGGAUUAUACUCCAAACAAAACAAAGAAUGUUGGGAGGUGUUGCUGGACGUCACAUGUCGAAUCGACGAAGAGGUUCAUCGCCAAUGGUGCGUAUAAGUGGCGGCAUGUUGACAUCAAGUUUAGAAGACAGCGGGGGCGGAGGCCCCGGUAGCAUCGGCAUGUAUAAUGCGCAAUAUGUGCCAAAAAUACCACCGAGGCGCAGACGCGCCGUGACAACUAGUGACCACAAAAGCUGUGCCCUUAUACAAACGAGACUGAAAUUAGGAGAUAUAAUGUUGGCAGCGGCUCAGGAAGCGGCGCUAGCAGGGCAUCAACAGGGCUCCACAAGCGGGGGGCACUCGGGUCGAAGGGGAGCCCAUCGCUUAGCUGAUAGAAUGGGUGGCCCAAAGAAAGACGACACACCACCCGGUGGUGGUCCAACAUCAUUAUUUAUCCUCACCGAGGAUAAUCCAAUUAGAAAAUACACACGAUUCAUCAUUGAAUGGCCGCCCUUCGAGUAUGCUGUGUUAUUGACAAUCAUUGCCAACUGUGUUGUGUUGGCUUUAGAAGAACAUUUGCCUGGGAGUGAUAAAACAGUAUUGGCUCUGAAACUGGAAAAAACGGAGACGUAUUUUUUAUGCAUUUUCUGUGUAGAAGCAUCGCUCAAGAUCCUUGCCCUAGGGCUUGUUCUGCAUAAACACUCCUACCUCAGGAAUAUUUGGAACAUCAUGGAUUUUAUCGUCGUAGUAACGGGAUUUAUGGCACUGCUCCCACAAAAAUGGAUUGAGGUAGAUCUAAAAACAUUAAGGGCUAUACGUGUGCUAAGGCCCUUAAAAUUAGUCUCUGGAAUUCCUAGUCUACAAGUAGUUUUAAAAUCCAUUAUCAAGGCUAUGGCGCCAUUGCUUCAAAUUGGACUUUUAGUCUUGUUUGCUAUCGUUAUAUUUGCAAUCAUCGGACUCGAGUUCUAUUCGGGUGCCCUGCAUAAAACUUGUUAUAGUUUGGAAGACCUAAGAAGGUCCGUUAAGGAAGGGGAAUCAGAGACACCAUGCUAUUCGGAUAACUCAUCGUUGAAAGCGACUGGUUCAUUUAUAUGUGAUUAUAACACGAGUAUGUGUCUGGAUAAAUGGGAAGGGCCAAAUUGGGGCAUUACUAGUUUUGAUAAUAUCGGCUUUGCCAUGUUGACUGUGUUCCAAUGUAUCACAAUGGAGGGCUGGACAGCAAUACUGUAUUGGACCAACGACGCUUUAGGUUCAGCAUUUAAUUGGAUAUAUUUCGUGCCUCUUAUAGUUAUAGGCUCAUUUUUUAUGCUCAACUUAGUUCUCGGUGUCCUUAGCGGUGAGUUUUCGAAUGAACGUAAUCGUGUCGAACGUCGCAUGGAGUUUCAAAAAUGCCGUUUUCGCACCAUGUUUCAAACUGCAAUGGUUUCAUAUCUCGAUUGGAUAACACAAGCAGAGGAAGUGAUCUUAGCCGAAGAGCGUACAACUGAGGCGGAAAAAAUGCACAUAAUGGAGGCACGGAGAAGAAAUGCGGCGAAGCGUAAAAAACUGAAAAGCUUAGGCAAAUCGAAGUCAACAGAUACAGAGGAGGAGGACGGUGAAGAAGAUUACGGUGACGAUGGAUAUCUAAAAUCACGCCCAAAACCUCAAGGCAGCUGUACGGGAUUUUGGCGGGCUGAAAAGCGCUUCCGCUUCUGGAUACGACACACCGUGAAAACACAAUGGUUCUAUUGGUUCGUCAUUGUACUCGUAUUCCUGAACACUGUGUGCGUCGCAGUAGAGCACUAUGAUCAACCACAAUAUUUAACAGAUUUUUUAUAUAUUGCUGAAUACGUCUUUUUGGGUCUAUUCAUGUCGGAGAUGUUCAUCAAAAUGUAUGCGCUGGGACCGCGCACUUACUUCGAAUCGUCGUUUAAUCGAUUCGAUUGUGUCGUCAUUAGUGGUUCGAUAUUCGAAGUUAUAUGGUCCGAAGUGAAAGGCGGUUCAUUCGGUUUAUCCGUAUUGCGAGCGCUACGUUUACUUCGUAUCUUCAAAGUGACCAAAUAUUGGUCAUCCUUGCGGAAUCUUGUGAUUUCGUUGUUGAACUCGAUGAGAUCCAUCAUUUCACUAUUGUUCCUGCUCUUCUUAUUCAUUCUAAUAUUUGCACUACUUGGCAUGCAAUUGUUUGGCGGGCAAUUUAGUUUUAAAAGCGGUACCCCCGAAACAAAUUUCAACACAUUCCCCAUAGCCUUACUAACAGUCUUUCAAAUUCUAACCGGUGAAGAUUGGAAUGAAGUCAUGUAUCAGGGAAUUAAAUCGCAAGGUGGCUAUAAGAAAGGAAUGAUUUAUUCUGUAUACUUUAUCGUUUUGGUACUCUUCGGUAAUUAUACACUGUUGAACGUAUUCUUGGCUAUCGCUGUCGAUAAUUUAGCGAAUGCCCAAGAAUUAACAGCUGCCGAAGAGGAGCAAGUCGAGGAAGAUAAGGAGAAGCAAUUGCAGGAGCUUGAAAAGGAAAUGGAGGCUCUUCAAGCAGAUGGCGUUCACGUGGAGAACGGUGACGGCGCAACAUUGCCGAAUAAGGCGAAAAGUAAAAAGAAAGAAGAGGAAAAGAAGGAGGAGGAAGAAGUGACGGAGGGUCCAAAACCAAUGUUGCCAUAUUCAUCUAUGUUUAUAUUAUCACCAACGAACCCAAUACGCCGAGGCGCACAUUGGGUUGUAAAUUUGCGAUAUUUUGAUUUUUUCAUAAUGAUCGUCAUCUCAUUGUCAUCGAUAGCGUUAGCAGCCGAAGAUCCUGUUCGUGAACAUUCGUCACGAAACGAAAUCUUGAAUUAUUUCGAUUAUGCAUUUACCGGCGUAUUCACAAUAGAAAUGUUACUAAAAAUUGUAGAUUUAGGCGUUAUAUUACAUCCCGGCAGCUAUUUAAGAGAAUUCUGGAAUAUUAUGGAUGCUGUGGUCGUUGUAUGCGCUGCUGUUAGUUUCGGUUUCGACAUGAGUGGUAGCAGCGCUGGACAAAAUUUAUCAACCAUCAAAUCGUUGCGCGUACUGCGCGUUCUGCGACCAUUGAAAACCAUCAAGCGUGUACCAAAAUUGAAAGCCGUCUUCGACUGCGUAGUGAAUUCAUUGAAAAAUGUUGUUAACAUUCUAAUCGUGUACUUAUUAUUUCAAUUUAUAUUUUCCGUAAUUGGUGUACAAUUGUUCAAUGGGAAAUUUUUUUAUUGUACGGACGAAAGUAAACAUUCUUCCGAAGAGUGCCAGGGUUACUAUUUUAAAUAUGAGGAGGACGAGUUACUUCCAAAGCAGGAGGAGCGCAUUUGGCGGCCGCGGAGCUUUCACUACGACAAUGUAGCGGCGGCAAUGCUAACGCUUUUCGCCGUGCAAACCGGCGAGGGAUGGCCACAAGUUCUACAACACUCAAUGGCUGCCACAUAUGAAGAUAGGGGUCCCAUACAAAAUUUCCGGAUCGAAAUGUCCAUAUUUUAUAUUGUGUAUUUCAUUGUAUUUCCAUUCUUCUUCGUGAAUAUAUUCGUGGCCUUGAUUAUCAUAACAUUUCAAGAGCAAGGCGAGGCUGAGUUGCAAGAUGGUGAAAUUGAUAAGAACCAGAAAUCCUGCAUAGAUUUCACGAUAGGCGCGCGGCCGCUCGAACGUUAUAUGCCCAAAAAUCGAAACACGUUCAAGUACAAAGUCUGGCGCAUUGUAGUGUCGACGCCAUUCGAAUAUUUUAUAAUGAUGCUAAUUGUGUUCAAUACUUUACUGCUUAUGAUGAAGUAUCAUAACCAAGGUGAAAUGUAUGAGAAAUCACUUAAAUAUAUCAACAUGGGAUUCACGGGGAUGUUCAGCGUUGAGACUGUACUGAAAAUCAUAGGAUUUGGCGUUAAGAACUUCUUCAAAGAUCCGUGGAAUAUUUUCGAUCUCAUUACCGUUGUGGGCAGUAUUGUCGAUGCGCUUUGGAUGGAGUUCGGGUCGAACUCAAUCAACGUUGGCUUCCUGCGUUUAUUUCGAGCGGCACGUCUCAUAAAAUUACUCCGCCAAGGAUACACGAUACGAAUCCUGCUGUGGACAUUUGUACAAUCGUUCAAAGCACUUCCAUAUGUCUGUUUGUUAAUAGCCAUGCUCUUUUUUAUUUAUGCUAUUAUUGGAAUGCAGGUGUUUGGGAAUAUCAAACUAGAUACAAUGGAAAAUACCAUUACUAGGCACAACAACUUCCAAAGAUUUGACCAAGGCGUCAUGUUGCUCUUCAGAUGUGCAACUGGCGAGGCGUGGCCGAACAUUAUGCUGGCGUGCCUUAAGGGGAGGCCAUGCGAUGACGAGGCCGAAAAGGGGAACGAAACAUGCGGUUCAACGCUGGCAUAUGCAUAUUUUGUAUCAUUUAUAUUCUUUUGCUCAUUCCUCAUGUUGAAUUUAUUCGUUGCCGUUAUUAUGGAUAAUUUUGAUUAUCUAACGAGAGACUCCAGUAUAUUGGGUGCCCAUCAUUUGGACGAGUUCGUUCGUAUAUGGGCUGAAUAUGAUCCAAAUGCGACUGGUAGAAUACAUUAUACGGAAAUGUAUGAUAUGUUGAAAAAUAUGGAUCCUCCGUUGGGGUUCGGUAACAAAUGUCCCAAUCGCCUCGCCUAUAAGAAACUAAUACGUAUGAAUAUGCCGUUAGAUGACGAAAUGAGAGUACAAUUUACAACGACGCUUUUUGCGUUGAUACGCGAAAACUUGAGCAUAAAAAUGCGAUCUGCGGAGGAAAUGGAUCAAGCGGAUAUGGAACUUAGGGAAACCAUAACGAAUAUUUGGCCUUUGCAAGCGAAGAAAAUGUUGGAUUUGCUUGUACCACCCAUAGACCAACUGAAUAAAGGAAAAUUAUCAGUUGGCAAAGUGUACGCCGGUCUUUUAAUAUUGGAGUCAUGGCGUACAACGCGGUUUGGACAAAUCGAUUCUGGCAUGCCGAAGCAAUCGUUCUUCAAUUGCCUGCUCGAUAUGGCGGCUCUCGAUAAAGGCGGAUCGCGUCAGGGUUCAAUUAGCUACGAAGCCAAUGGCGAUGGUGGUGCCAACUCACAAACGCAUUUAUUAGCAAACACAAAUCAUCAUCACCAGAACGGUGAUGCCGAACACAAUAGUUUGGCAUCACUGGCUCGCCGGACUACAAUCAAAAAACGUUCAGUUAGAAACAAAAAGAUGCUGGAACUGCAGGAUGCCUCGAGACAUCCCUCUCAGGAAUCUUUAACCGGUGCCGAUGCUGGUCAUUUACAUCCUGGUCACGCGUAUCACAAUGGUCAUCAUCGCCGUUCGCCGAGUUUAAGACAUAACGGAUCUCCAUUGGCCAGAUCUCCAAGUCCUAGACGGCGAGGCCAUCAAUACAUACAUCAUGAUAUUGGGUUCUCCGAUACCGUAUCUAAUGUUGUAGAGAUGGUCAAGGAGACCCGUCAUCCUAGGCACGGAUAUGGACAUCCGCGUUAUCCAAGAGGUUCAUGGUCAGCAUCGACAAGUCCGGCCCGUUCGCCCUCGCCUUCUCGUUAUGGUGGCCAUUAUUCGCGCAGUAGGCGUACAGAACUGCCUUUUCCCACAUAUGGGACAACAAGUCUAUGUCAAAGAUCACGUUCGCCGAGUCCCGCUCGACUUCAGGAGAUGCGUGAACGAGAUAGACUUGGUUAUGGGAUUGAUAUGGGUGGUACUCAUGUUCAAUACAGUUACCCAACACUGGCAUCGCGACGUGCUGGCAUGGGUCGACGUCUACCACCGACACCAAGUAAACCAUCAACUCUUCAGCUGAAGCCAACAAAUAUUAAUUUUCCAAAACUUAACGCAAGUCCGACACAUACACAUCAUUCGACACCCCAUAGUGUUCAUUCUUUGCCACACCACCGUGAUCUGCUGCGGGAUCGUGCCAUGUACCGUGACCUGUAUAGCAGCAGAGAACGCGAUCGUGAUCGAGAACGAUAUCGAGAUCACCUACGCGACUAUGAUAUGCGGUAUGAGUAUCGGGAUCAUGAACGUGAACUCUAUGAGAGAGAGCGUGAUCGUCAAAGGGAUUUCGAAAGAGAAAGACUGGAAUACAUAGCGCCGCUGUCGUUUGAACAAGCGCUCGCUAUGGGCAGAACGGGUCGUGUACUGCCCUCACCCGUUCUAAAUGGCUAUAAGCCAAAGGGUGGCUUACACGCACGACAUUCUGAUUCGGAUGAGGAGGACUGGUGCUAGCAAAGGCUUUGAUUGCGAUUGCGUAAUCGAAGGGAACAGAUCUGGGUAUAGCAUCAAGCCAUAUUUCCAUCACUUUCUGCACCGGAUUUAGACCAUAAUUUUGAUACAAUACCGUUGCAACACUUCUCAGCUGCAUCCGAUACCGAUAUAUUAGAAACCACUUUCAUAAAUACUGCCACUGCUGCUGUUGUUAAUUUUAACGAUGACGCCGAUCCGGAUACUGCGACAUUUAUACGAAUGGGUGCUAGAGCCGCAACAGAACCCGCAAUUUGUGGUCUAAAUGUGGGCCAAGCCGAAGACAGGCGUCUAAAUACCGCCUACAGACAGCUAUCAUUAGUUGUACUACAACCAGAAACGGCACCAGAAUGUGAUAUAGCCACCACGCGUAUAUAUUCUGAUCACGAGCUUUACCAACCCAAUCAACAGCAUACGCAGUAUGCAGUCAGUGAACCACAUACACCGUUAGAGAGGUAUUUGCAACAGCAGCCCGCGACGAAUGCAACAACACAACCUGAACAACAUUUGUAUCAUACGCUAUAGAAGCUGACACAUACCAUACAUAGACACACAUAAAUGAAAAUAUUCAGCUAAAUAAUCGUACGGUAAUAUAGAAUAGAUUGUGACUACAAUAGAAGUUAACAGAUGAAUUCUAUAAUUGCAAACUGACAUGUGUAUAGAGCACACCACACGUUACACAUUUCCAUACAAACAUACACAAUCGUAUACUUACAACUCCAGAAAAGCCGAUUCUCUUGAAUAUAGACAAAUAUAAUUUCUUUUAUUACAUAGCAAAACUAUUUCUUCAUAUGCAAAACAUUAUUUAUAUAUGUAUGAAUGUAGUAGAUAUAUACAUAGUAAUGUAUGUAUAAAUACAUAUAUACAUAACAAGGAUGCAUAGGUACUGCCUUGUUUCUGUUGAAGUUUGGUCCAAAGCGUUACUGCAACUACUGCACACAAACACAGGCAUACACAUAUAAACCUAGAAAUUGUUAAAUGUAUACAUACAUACAUAUUUGUUUGAGGAUUUGUUAAGAGACUUUAAACUAUGCAUUCAACUCUGUUGGUAGCUUUAAAUAACAAAUGUGGACAUAGUACAUUAUCAUAUAUACAAUCAAGCAUUUAUUCACACACACAUUUGCAUACACAUUGAAGUAAGGCAUAAAAGACUUCUUCUUUCGUCGUUUACAUAUAUUUUAGUGUUACUUAAAAAAUGAGUAGCUUGAAGCGAAAUGAUUUUAUUCAAUAGAUAUAGCGAAAAUAGUAAUUAUUAUAAAUAAAACUAAAACUGAAGCAUAAACAGAAACAGAAACACACAUAGGUAAACAUUUACUCAACAUUUAUUAAAUGAUAAAGGGGAAAUGGGGCCAAAAAGCAUAAAUCAUAGUCUAAUUUGCCUAAAACUCAUUGAGGAUUUGUAUAGCUAAUGGGGAAAUAGUAGAAAAUAGCAAAUUUUAAUUAAUGGUUUUUUAUAUUUUUUAUUUGAGCUUUUGGAGCUACUAUAUUCACAUAUACAUACAUAUACAUAUAUACCGUAGAUAGCCAAAAUCACCAAAACAUAUGUAAGGUAACUUGUAGAAAUGCAAUAUAUUGUAAUUUUACCACAUUCUAAAAUGAGUAAAUACAUAAAAACAUGCAUACAUAUACUUAAUACCAUACACACAUAUAUACAUACUCGUAUGUAACUAUGCACGAAACAGAUAAAAAUUAUGAAAAGAAUAUUAAUAGAUUUUUACAUUGACACCAAGCAAAGCUUAGAGUAGCAAGUUUUUCAAAUGCAUUAUAUGAAUAAAAUGCAAAACUUGAAGUCUGAAUACAGAAAGCAGGCAAAUUAUAGACACAAACAUAUUUAAGAACAUAACACGCACGCGCAUGCUACAUAACAUAACACCAAAGAAUUCUUUCCCACAUGGCACGCGUUACUAUCUAGUUUCUGUCCAUCCUUGGCAUUCUAGCCAAUUCAGUCUGAAUAAUAUCAGUAAAAGAAAUCAAUAAAACUGAGCUUGAAACUGGUUACCACACAUACGUAUUGAACAGCAAUGCGUGAUGAAAAUAUUUCUGUCACAGAAUUGAAUGAAUCGAAUACUGGCCAGCAAUGGAACUGCUACAUUAAUAAUAGUACCUUCAAAAUCACACAUUAAGAUUAUACUUGAUUUACGUUUGUGUUGAAUGAGUUUUAUACGUUCAAAUAUUGGAUAUAAAUAAAUUAAACUAUUAAACACUGUAGAUACCGUGCGUCUAAGUAUUGUAGGUUUGUAUCUAUAUCGAAUAAUUCGUUUCAAAAGACAUGCCAUAAUCCAUAGCUAGUCAUAGAUAUUUUUAGUUUAGUAAAGAUGUCGAGCUCACAAUCUGUCAUAGAAAAUUUUAUUCGUUAUGGAUAGCUGACAGCCUGGAUUUUAGAGAUAUCUGUAGUGCGGAAAGCAACAAAGAGUGACCAAUUUCAAUAACUGCAGCACGGCAUAUAAGCCGUUAUUAUUGUUUUUAGUUAAAAUGCUAUAGCAUAUCAUAUAUAAUGAUAUGUGUCAACUACAAUUCUUAAGCAUUCCAUGCAAGACUGAAUAUAGUCGCAGGCUAAAACAGGUGUAUUCAAGAAAAUCUCACAUAUAUACACACACACACGCCCGAAAACACAAUACUGUUACACACAAACAGAUAUACUAUGUUUCGUUUCAAGUCUGCAAUAACACAUUAAACGAUAAUGGUCGAAAUAAAAUAAAUUAACUAAUUUAAAAAAAUUUCCAAAAUCUCGAGCAUACGUAGUUAGUGUGGAAAUAACUGAUUCAUAAUAUUUUGUAAAUAAUCGCGAAAUCGAAAAAUGUAAAAAUUUACCUAAAACUAAGCAAAAUGUAUUAACAUAAUAGGCAUAUACAAAAAUAUAUUUAAAUAAAACUACAAAUUCAAAAUAUGGUGGACGAAACAGCGCACAAAUAAAUUAUGAAUUCCCAAAGAGUAGAAACAGAUAAACAAACUAACUAACAACAAAAGGAAUAAUAUUAAACAUAUUUAAAAUACAUAUGUGGACACAUUCAAGCAUCACAUCCACAUUUUUAUCUUCAGUCACUUUACUUAUGUACUUACAUUUUACAGCAUUUUAUUUUGUAUUUUCAUUGUCACUUUAUACUUAUUAUUUUAUGGCUGGUGAAAUAGGCAAGACAAUUUUUAAUAUUAACUGAUAAUAGCAUUUCGUGGACUAAUAUUUUUAGUCAACCUAUUGUAAAUCGAAAGCAUGUGAGUAAGCAAAAUGAAUACAAUAUUAGACAUUUGAAUAUUAUUUUAAAUACUUGAAUACAAAUAGAAAAUUCUACGGACGCAUAAAGGUUUCAUUUAAUUUUGUCUAAAUAAGCUCUAUAAAAUUUUUUUUCGAACGGCAAUACCAGCAUUACGGCAGGCAAAGGCAAAUCACCAAGUAUAUAUGUAGGUAUAUCUGAUUCACAUUUCAUUUGUGGGCGUCUUGAUGUUACAAAAAAAACGACAAACUUAUAAAUUUCGUGGUUCUAGUAAAUGUUAUGAGAAGAUUUUUAAGGCAGCGAUAUGUUCGGAGCAGAAGCAUCCUUCGGCAAUGCUCUCUAUUAAGGAAAUUGCGCGUUGUCGGUCGGAACAAAGCCAGGAACGAAACCGAUUCUGAUGUAGUAUUGUUGAACUUGUACACUGAAAAUCAAUUUCUAACUGAACCUAAGGGAAUAGGUUAAAAAUAUGCUUACACUGCUUUUCAUUAAAAAAUUAAAUCAUCAUUUGGAAAACUAUGGAAUCAUGCAAUUAAUUAAAGGCGCCAAUGCGUUACCAUUGUCAAGACCAUUCAGAGAAUUAGAAAUUAUUUAAAUUGCAUUUGUGCAAUAUUCACAAUUUUCUGAUCAAGUUGUUGUUAAUUUUACUGUCCGACUAAUUGCUGUUAUAUCGUUAGGAAAUUAUUAACUUAUACUACUAAAUAAAAAUUCAUGUACAAAGCUUGUUUGUUUGCUUGUACCAAACUAAUUAUGGGCCUCAAGUACAUUAAAACUCUUCGCUAAAAAAUAUAUUGCUUCUCAAACUAAUCUCAUUUAAGGUGUAAAAUUAAAGACGAAAAUAAUUGAAUAAUUUAUCAAUUGCAUUGAAUUUAAUUAUAUCACUACAGUUUUUUCUAUAAAGUUUUAAUAUUCAUUUGUAAUUGUAAAAAAAAAACUUUUUUUAUAUUUAAUGAAUAAUGAUUUAUUUGCUUUGUUUCCACUAAGAGUACGAAUCGUUGUUUUUUUUUAGAAUUAUCAAAGCUGUAAUAAAACAAUAACAAAAAAAUUAACACACACACACAUUCAUAAGUAUAAACACACAUGCUAUACAUACAUAAAAACAUAUUAACAUUAUUACAAACAUACUAUAAAUAAUGCAAAUAUGAAACCAAAUCGAAGCAUCUUGAUCUGUUCCUUAGGUAAUACGCGAACGAUAGGUAAAUAUGCAAUACUGAAAAUAAUACAUAGCUACAUUGUAAGAACAAACAUAACACAAAACUAUUUCACUAGAUUAAUGAAAAAAAAACUUUGCUAAAGAUAAAUAUUUCGUAAAUAACGUUAGAUAUUGUACUUUAAAUAAUGGAAAAAUAAUAAAUAAACAAAUUAUGUAAAUUUUUGAAUUAAUACUUAUUCCUUGAGAAUAAAUUGCCUGCGUGUGAAAUUUAGACAUGGACGUGAAAUACUGAGCUAGUCGUAUAAAAUAUUUUAUAUGAAAACUGAAACUGAAUUAAAAAAAAAAAAUAAAAAAUAAAAUAAAAAAACAAAAAACACAAAACUUACCAAAAAUAACAACUUGCCCUUACUUGUAUUAAUAUAAAAAAGACGAAAAACAAAGAACAAAAAAUAUAGUGCAUAUAAAAUAGUGUUUAAUAUUGAGCAUAAAGAAAACCAAUAAAAUAUUAAUACAAAUUAGCGUGAUUAAGGCAUAAAUUGAACUUAUCUAUAUAAGGAAAAGAAAACUUAAAAUAAAAAAAUUCAAAUGGUAAAUAUUUAAUGAUUAAUACUGUAAUGUAUUUAUGGAUAUAAUAACAAUAUAACACCUGCCUUCGAUAAAUUUUAUUAUACUUUAUUAAAAAAGCAAAGAAGAAUCAUGAUAUGAGCAAAUGAAAGUAAUCAUUACUUUUUAUUAUUAGGAAUUCAAUAAAAAUUAAUUACAAAACAACAAAAAAAACCAUAAAAUAAAACUAAUAAUAAGAAACCUAAAAUAAUUAUAAAUUUACGUAAAACCAAGCCAACUUUUACAAUUGUAAAUUAAACGUAACUGAAAACUUAAAUUUUAUUUUUAGAUAUUUAAAUUAUGACGUUGAAAUGGAAAUAAUCUGCACACAUUUCACACUGAAAAAGUAAAAUCAAAUUGCAAAAGUAAAACAAAACGAAAGCAAAACUGUACAAUAUAAAAUGUGAAUAAUAACUGCGCAGUGCAUAAAUACAUACAUACACAUCCGCAUUUAAAUGCAUAAAACAUUCAUCAAAUCCACCCAACACAAACACAUCAACACGCCAUCGAAUUGUUCCCGACAGUGAUUAUGUUACAGUUAUGCAUAUAAUUUGUAAUAAUAACAUGAGGAAGCACUCUCUUGACAGCAAUAGCAUUAAAUUCCUUUAACAUAUUAUACAUUUUAACCACAUAUCAAGAAUUUAUUUAUUGUUAUUAGAAAAGUUGAUAUCCCUGCGACACUGGUUGAGCCCAGCUACAGGUUUUCAAAGAUCCCAAUUUCCAAAACAAAGCUUCUUUAACGCGCAUUAUUGUCUGGUAUACUUAACCGUUAAUCCUUGUGUUAAAGAAAACUCAUGAUUUUACAAACACUUAAAGAUAAUAAAUUUAGCAUAUUCAUUUAAGCCAUUAAUGAGCUGUACUGUCUCUUCAAUGUGCGUGGCUCAUUUUUCGGAUUCUUAGAAUCACAAUUGAAAUCGUAUCAAUAAGAAUUUAAUGAUAUUAUUACUGCAUAAAAUGAAAUUUUAAUAACUUGGUGCACACCCUCAAUAAUAACGAAUAUACUAGACGAAAACUCCAAUUUAAUAUAAUAUUGGGCGAACCCCGUUCAACAGUUAAUUUCAACAAAUUCUUUAAUUAAAAUUUGGUCUUAUAUACGUUAUCAUUUAUUCCCGAUUAUUCUGUUAUAGACAGUUUCGUAAUAACAAAUUGUUUACGUUGUACAGUGGACAUAUAAAAUAAAAUAGUUUUUCCAAUUAAUUUUGAGUUAUGCAUUUUCUUAGACCCAUCAAUUCUUCUAUUUUGGAUUUCGCCUUUAUAGUUCAAAAAAGACACAACGAUAUUUCAAACAAUUAUUUCCGCCCGUCCAUAUGGAAUUUUAUGGAAUAAUUAUGUAUUUAAGUCGAAUUACAGACUUAAAAACAUUUGGAGAAAUGACCGAAAUGAUUUUUAAUGCACUAGUAGUACUGAUCUACAUACUAUACUUAUAUAUAAAUUUUCAAGAACUACACCCAAACCUCUUUAUUUAUUUUUGACACGCUUGAAAAAUGAUAUCGCAUUUCUGUGAUUUGAGCUAAGUUUAUCCCUUCAGUCCCUAUUCCCACAGGAAAAGGCUAAUCAGACACGUGGUCAUAUUAAGAGAUUGCAUAGGCUAUUUGUUCUUUAUUUUGAUCCAAGUUAAAAUUGAUUAAGGGGAAAAGUGUGGAAAGAUGAAAAAGAAAGGCCUGACCGAAAUAUAUAAAUAUAAUAGCAAAAUCGGAAAUAUCGUUCAUAUACAUAUAACGUGACCUACAAAAGCUUUAUAAAAUAUAAAAUGAAAUUAGUAGCGACAUAAAUGUAAAUAUUAAAUUAAUUUAAUGCAUCAAAACACAAUGAUCUCAAUGCUUUGUACAAACGUUUUACAAUUCCGAAAUAAGUUCGUAUUCUGAUAUGUCAACAUGUUGCAAUACGAUUGAGCUUUCAAGCUCUUCCAUAAGUCAAUAUUUACAACUUUAUUUUUAAUAAGCUGUAUGAGGAUUAUUUAGUAAUUUACUUUUUACUUCCCAUACCGGUAUAUAGUGUGUUUAUAUGUAUUAUUUCGUGUUCCUCUUCUAUAAGCAUUCCAUAACACUUGAUAAACAGGUAUUACAUUCAGAAAAUUCAGAUAUCGUUGCAUCCUUCCAUCAAGAUAUUACAUUUGUAUUUUUGGUUUUAGCUUAAAAUUUCCUUCGUACACAUACAUACAUACAUACUUAUAACAGUUGAAUACAUACCAUACCCUAGAGGCUUCAUCAUCCUACGCUUUUAUAUGACAUUCACUUUGUAUGUAAGAAUCAACCAUUAAUAAAAAUGUAUAACAAUGACACACGCCUGUUUACAUAUACACAUAAGUAUAUACAUACAUAAAUACCAAAAAUGCGCCAGUUAAGAAAAGCUUCAAACCUAAUGGCUUUGUUUAAAAGUGUGAGUCCAAAAUGUUCUCUUGGCAAAUUAUAUUUUUUUUUUUUGAAAAAUCUCAAACCAUUCUCUUUCUCUUUUUCAUAUAAACACAGUCAUACAAUAAAUUAUUAAAGGAAAGUAUUUCAAUUGCAUUUCACAAGUUUUGUAAAGAGACAUUUAACAUGUUUGGCUGAAAUGUUAUAAGCGAUUGUAUUAUGUCCAUUGGAAACGUAUAGAAGAAGUCGCUAUUUCACUGCAUAAUCUGCAAGAUUGAUUGUCAUGACUCAUGAGUGAAAGUGAGAUUGUUAAGAACAUAGUUGAAUGGUGGUGUUAAAUACCACCAUGAAUAUUUACUGUUUUCUCAAACCGCUGCGUACAAGUAUAACUAUCCACAAAGGUAAAUAAAUGGUCCACAUGCAUACGAGUACUAAUCAUAGUAA